AUGAAGGAGCUUGAGAAGCUGAUUCUCGGUGGGGAUGAUCAGAGCCUUGGGUUUUUCAAAACGAUCAUCUCCAGCCUCACAUCUCUCAAAGAGCUGUGGAUCAGCAUCGAGAAUCCCAGCCCCGAGGCC